AGUUCAUACGUCAUCACUAUGCGACUCCUGUCUUGCUCGCGCCAUUCUCACAAGCGUGUUUCCAACAUUUCCCAUUACAUUUAUCACUGACGGAGCUUAAACAAAGGUUGUAACAGGAAUAUACUCAAUUUCCCGUUGCCACAUUCCUGGAUAUAUCCAGACAUGGAUAUGGAUAGUGCCAGUUCAGUGGUGCUGCAAGCCUUAACCCAAGCUACCAGCCAGGACACAGCUGUGCUUAAACCUGCAGAAGAGCAGCUCAGACAGUGGGAGACUCAGCCAGGCUUCUACUCCGUCCUUCUGAAUAUCUUCAACAACCACAUGCUUGAUGUGAAUGUGAGGUGGUUGGCUGUGCUGUACUUCAAGAAUGGCAUCGACAGAUACUGGAGGAGAGUAGCACCUCAUGCAUUAUCAGAAGAGGAGAAGACAUCAUUGCGGGCAGGUCUCAUCACAAACUUUAACGAGCCUGUCAAUCAGAUAGCGACUCAAAUUGCUGUACUGAUCGCCAAGGUGGCCCGUCUGGACUGCCCCAGGCAGUGGCCGGAGCUCAUCCCUAUUCUGUUGGAGUCUGUUAAGGGUCAGGAUGGCCUGCAGCAGCACAGAGCAAUGCUAACCUUUUAUCACGUCACCAAAACUCUUGCGUCCAAACGUUUGGCACAAGACAGGCGGCUAUUCCAGGAUCUGGCGUCGGGCAUCUACAGCUUUGCCUGCUCCCUGUGGAGUCAUUACACAGACUGCUUCCUCCAGCAGAUCUAUGGUAGAGACGAGGCUGCAGCCCUCAAUUCACUGGAAAGGACGUUGCUCUCUCUCAAAGUGCUUCGCAAGUUGACUGUCCAUGGAUUUCAAGAACCACAACAGAACGCUGAAGUGAUGGGCUUCCUGAAUGCAGUUUUUGAACGUCUAAAACAAUUUCUGGAAUGUUGUCGACAGGUUGGUCCCGAUGGCACUUGCAGAGAAAAACUGGAAAAGAUGAUCAUAUUGUACACCAAAGUGUUGUUAGAUUUCUUGGAAUAUCAUCCCUGUGCGUUUAUACCCCUAAUCCAACGCUCACUGGAAUUCGCUGUCAGCUACGUCUUCACACCUGCAGGGGAGGGAGUAACCUUUGAACGCUUCAUUGUGCAGUGCAUGAAUCUCAUCAAGAUGAUUGUGAAGAAUGAUGCCUACAAACUUGCCAAGAACAUCGAAGACAACAAACCAGAAAAUCUGGAGGCUCACGAGAUCAAGACAGCGUUCUUCACACAUCCCACACUGACGGAGAUUGGACGUCGGCUCGUCUCUCACUAUUUCCUUCUCACAGAGGAAGAGCUGGCGAUGUGGGAAGAGGACCCAGAGAGCUUUGCUGUUGAAGAAACCGGUGGAGACUCUUGGAAAUACAGUUUACGGCCUUGUACAGAAGUGUUGUUUCUGGACAUCUUUCACAACUACAGCCAGACCUUGACACCAGUGUUACUGGACAUGGUUCAGAAGCUUCAGGGUCCAACAAAUGUUGAUGAUUCUGUGCAGCUGCUAAUGAAGGAUGCAGUGUACAAUGCAGUGGGACUGGCUGCAUAUGAGCUGUUUGACAAUGUUGACUUUGACCAGUGGUUCAAGAAUCAGCUCCUUGGAGAACUGCAAGUCAGCCAUCACAGGUACAAGCUGAUACGUCGACGAGUCAUAUGGCUAAUAGGACAGUGGAUCUCUGUCAAGUUCAAAUCUGACCUUCGACCUUUGCUAUACGAGAUCAUAUUGAGCCUCAUGCAGGAUCCUGAUUUAGUGGUCCGUAUUGAGACGGCUACAACCCUGAAGCUCACUGUGGACGACUUUGAGUUUCGGACAGAGCAGUUUCUGCCUUACCUUGAAUCAAUCUUUGGGCUGCUUUUCCAGUUGUUGCAGCAGGUGACUGAAUGUGACACUAAAAUGCAGGUGCUGCAUGUCAUCUCCUGUGUCAUUGAAAGAGUUAACAACCAGAUCCGACCAUAUGUAGGCUGUCUGGUUCAGUAUCUCCCUUUGUUAUGGAAACAGUCUGAAGAACACAACAUGCUCCGAUGUGCCAUAUUAACCACCCUAAUUCACCUAGUACAGGGCCUGGGGGCAGAGAGUAAAAACCUGUACCCAUUCCUUCUGCCUGUCAUCCAGCUGAGCACUGAUGUCUCACAGCCACCACAUGUCUAUUUGCUGGAGGACGGACUGGAACUUUGGUUAGUGACUUUGGAAAACAGCCCAGCGGUCACGCCAGAGCUACUGAGAAUUUUCCAGAACAUGUCUGCACUGUUGGAGUUGAGCUCAGAGAACCUACGCACCUGCUUUCAGAUUGUUAACGCCUACAUAUACUUAUCUGCCACAGAGUUCCUGCAGAACUAUGCAGAAUCAUUGUGCCAUUCCUUCUCUGAUCUGCUCAAAGACAUAACCAAUGAGGGGCAGGUCCAAGUUCUGAAGGUGGUCGAGAUAGCUUUAAAGGUUAGCCCCAUAUUGGGAGCCCACAUGUUCCAGCCCCUGCUGCCUGCUGUCUUCAGAGGUAUUGUGGAUGGUGAGCGGUAUCCGGUGGUGAUGUCGACGUACCUCGGCAUCAUGGGACGCAUACUUCUGCAGAACUCCAGUUUCUUCUCUACACUGCUCUCUCAGAUGGCCUCUGAAAGCAGACAGAAGGUGGACCAGUUGCUGGGCGUCGUGAUAGAAAUGUGGGUCGAUCGCAUGGACAAUAUCACUCAGCCUGAAAGGAGGAAGCUGUCGUCUCUUGCCCUGCUCUCUCUUCUGCCGUCUGACAACAGUGUGAUCCAAGACAAGUUCUGUGGCAUCGUCAACAUUUGUGUCGAGGCACUGCACGAUGUAAUGACAGAAGACACAGAAACUGGAACUUUCAAGGACUGCAUGCUGAUGAGUCAAUUUGAGGAGCCCAAGCUAAGUGAGGAUGAAGAGCCACCGACAGAACAGGACAAGAGGAAGAAGCUGUUGGCCCUGGAAGACCCAGUGCACAGCGUUUCUCUGCAGCAGUUUGUCUACGAGAAACUGAAGGCACAGCAGGCUUUAAUAGGGGACCAGAGCUUCGGGGUCCUGAUGGAGACCGUGGACACGGAACUGGUCAGGCAGCUGCAGGAGUUCCUCCAAGGGCUCUAAGUAAUGUGUACAGUCGUCACUACCUUACACAAACAUUGUUGCCUAAUCCUUUGUCCCUGAGUUGUUUUUUUUUCAAAGACUUUCUGAAAAGGCUAACAGUCUGCCUGAAGUGUGGGCUUCUUAUCCAAACCUUCACAUCCUCUGUCCAUGCUAUGCCUUAUCUAUAUUCAGACCUAGCCUUGGUCACUGCCCUAUGCUACCACAUCACCAUUGUUUCUCAGUUGUUGUUUUUCUUUUUUAAACAAACAACAGUGUACUUGAGUGUUUAAUGAUGUUGAAUUAGCCACACCCAACGCAUCAUACUAGAGCUUCAACUCAUUUUCCUCGUAGUUUCUUCUCCUUCUGUGGUUCAGAAUGGGUGGAUCGUUGUAGAUACAAGGGAAGGAGUCGCUGACCUUUUUCUACAGUAGAGCCGAUGCGGUGUAGCAAACAGAAGUGAGAGAUGACACCUGAAGGACCUAAAUCAGUGUUUACAGAAUCUAUUCUUAAAAGAAAAACAGAAGAAAAUGUAAUUUUGUAUGUAAAGUAUAGAAGAUAAACUGCAUGAUUAUGUUUGACUUUUCUAGUUUGUUUGACCCUUUAUUUCUCUUUCCUUUUAUAAAAACAGUCGUUGUAACCAGAGAUGAAGUUGAAGAAACUACUGAAAGAACUUCUCUUUCUUUUUGACUCGCGUUGGAGGGAACAUGUUUUGACGUUGUGUUUUUGUUAUUGUUUGACUAGUGCUGAACCACAGUUACAUGUAAAUACAUACUGCUGCUAAUCGAUCGUGUGUUGGAGCACUUUAUAACCAAAAACAAAACCAAACAAAAAAACAAAUAAAAAACUGUUUCAUGUUUUUUCAUCUUUGGUGAAUCUUCACACAUCAUCACAGUUAAAAACACAUUGAUGUUGUUAAAGUGUUUUUAUGUUAUGUUUUAUGCGUCUCAGUGCUUUUUCCAACAACAGGAAGUCUGACUUGGGAUGUCCGGCUAUGCGGUGUCCUUUGAUGAAUUUUGAAUUUUGUGAAUGCAACCUCUGUAGCCAUUUUCAAUCACUAUCCUUCACUACUGUUAGACGAAGCUUUGUUUCUGUUCUGCUGCUCUGCUGUUUUUCCCUCAUUUGACUGAUUUUCUUUUCUAUCAUGGGAGUAGUAGUGAAGCCGUCGUCUAUUGAUUUGAAAGAUUUUCUCCAUAGGUUUUCUCAGAACCACUGAUUUUGUGGAUGUUUGGAAGCACAUUGAAGCUCAAUUGCUUUGAGUCUUUAGAUAUGGAACUCUUAUAUAAGUGGUUUUCGAUUGACACUUUAACAGCUACUGCUUUAGAACUCCCCUGAACUCUGGCACAAUUUUUAAAAAAAUGUAAUUAAUUUGACCUCCCAUACUCAACAAUGACUAGCACAACAUUGGCCCCACUCCCCACUGUGAGAACCAUUGUCUUUUUUCUAGUUUCACACAUAGUCUGGUCGUCAGGACACAAUGUUAUAUUCAUUUCAGAUACAAAGAAAUUUACAAUUACUUUGUCAUCAUCAUCAGUUCUUCUAAAACCUAUGGAUUCACGUGGUUCACCAGGUCAGUUGUCCUCUGUGGAUUAGAGAAAAUCCUGACACUGGCUCUUGACACUGUGACAGAGUUGAAGAGCAGCCAGAAUUAGAGCCUUAUGCUUUCAGCCUUAUCUACCAUUGAAACUCACCCUAACAAUCAUUUCACUCUUCUUUUUUUUCAUUUCUUAAAUAUUUGAAAAAGUUGAAUUUGUUUGCUUGAUUCUGUUGAAAAAGUACCAUUUUGACAUUUUCAGAAAAAGAUAAUGAAAGGUUUUGGCUUCUUUUUGGUUUAAACCUUUUUAUGGGGUUUUCCAAAGCCUUCAAUAAAAUGCAGUUAUCAUGCAA